AUUUCGCCUAGAUGUCUAUCAAAUGAACUUAAAAGAAGUAAACGCAUAGACGUGACAACACCGCACUAGUUGGACAUCAAAUAAAUCAGUUUCGGUUUAGCCAACUGCUAAGGCGUUUUAGCCAAUAUUUAGACUUGGUUUAACACAAUUUACGCGUUGCGUGACUGUCACAUAAAAGCUUAUAAAAUUGGCAAAAUAAGUAAGCAUAGCAACAAGAUGCCGCCAGCGUCUGCGGUUAACAAUAACAAUGCGGCUGCACAAGCGGCAGCUGCAGAGCGAGCAGAAAAGCUGCGAGGGUCACUUAAAGGCUUCAUACUAGCCGAGAGACAGCGCAGACAAGAGGAGUACGAGAGACAGUGUGAGGAGCUGCGCCUGCGACGGGAGCAAGAGGCUCGUGAGCGCGAGAACAAUUUAUCUCUCGAAGAUACACGUGGACAAAUAAGUCGACUGGAUGAGCAACUUGCCGAUUUGCAUCAGAAAAAGCAUCAGCUGGUUGUACAGCUGAAGAAAGUUCUUAACGAUGACGAAACGCGUAAAAAGCAGGCGAAAGAAAAUGAAUUAUUUGCAAUGCAGCAGGAAGCAGCCGCCACUGCAGCCAGAGCUCAGGUAUUUCUGCCACCUGGUCGCUUACAUCAUCAGCUGCCGCUGCUGCAGAAGCAACCGCCACCUCCUGGCAGCCAGUCAACAACUGUAAAACGCGGUCGCAGUCCCUCGCCACCCAGCCAACAGCAUCAGGCGUACUACAAGAGCCCCGCUAACUACGCAACACAACAACCACAGAAACACGAUGACUUCUGUCGUGGCGCGGAUUAUGCUAAAAUGUCAUGGAACAAAUCUACGGCACAGUAUCCGAGUACAGGCACUCUAUUCUAUCAGACUUCGACGGCCCCAACGACUACACAGCAUCAAGCAGACGCUCGUCUUCAGUCCAUAUACAACUAUGGCUUGCCCCUUCGGCCUCCAUAUCAUGUUGAGCUACAACCAGGGCCCAGCGCAACGGUCAGCAAAGCUCCUGGCUCACAGUCACCAUCGCCAAAAGCACAGCCGAUGCAGGUGCUUCACAUAAAUUUGGAUCAACCUCCCAUUUCGCAAUCAGACCUGGUGCAGGUACAGGCGGGAGCUAGCAGUCUAUCCGUGCAAACGUCCAAUAAGCCACAGGUGACCAUGGAGAAGCUACCGGAUCGCUAUCACAUAGAAGUGAAGCAUGAUGGUUCGUCACAGAGUCAUGUGCCUCCUCCACCGCAUUUAUUGUCCGAGGGUGGCGUCAUCUAUAAGCCACUGCUCGGCGAGCUGUCGCUGCAUCCAAAUGUAUUGCAAAUCAGCAGCAGUGCAGCACAGAAUGCCAAGGCCACGGGUAGCAUAACGCAGGGGUAUGCGCCUGGCCGAGGUGCCAGUCCCUACGAUCAACAAUUGGCCAGGCAACAGCUGUCUAUGCUGCCCGGUCAGCCGGGAUCGGGCGCAAGUGCCGGACAGUCACCGCACGGCCAACAGAUACAGUUCACGCGACGCUUAUAUUGAUUCCAUAUUUAUGUAAAUCUGCUAAGCUCACUCAUAAUUUUACGAUUUUAACUGGAAAUAAUUUAAAAUGUUUUCGACUAAGCUGCAUUGCAGCCGCACAGAAUAAAGCACACAACUAUGGCGUCCCUAUUUUCCAA